CCUUGGUGGCUGGUUAUCAAGGCACUUGGGGCCCCCGGACACGGUGCCAAGCUCUAUGACAAUACUGCUAUGGAGAAUCUUUUUAAGAGCAUCGAAAGCAUAAGGAGGUUCAGAGCUGCUCAGUUCGACUUGGUCAAGGCUGGCCUGAAGGCUGAAGGAGAUGUCAUCUCUGUCAAUAUGGUGUUCCUGAGAGCUGGCACCCCUUCCCCCAAUGGCUUUGUCAUGAACUUGCAGCCAUCUGAAGCCGAAGCAGGCUUUGAUGUUCGAGUUCCACCGACUGCUGAUCAGGCCUCAUUGGAGAGGCAAAUUGCUGAGGAAUGGGCACCUGCUUCACGCAACAUGACCUUUGAG